AUGGGUAAAGAAGACCAGACAGAAGAGCGCGAGGUGCUCGACUCCAUCUUCCCCGAUGAAAUCACAGACAUCUCCGACACGGAGUACCGCAUAUCGAUAACACUGGACGUCGAGAACGAGCCCGGAGAUGACUCCCCUGCGCCCAUCAUCCUGCUAGGCGUCUCCUACCCCGAAAACUACCCCGACGAAGCCCCCCGCCUCGACAUCAGCGCGCCCCCCAAUGCCCCCAAGCACAAAUACCUCGACGUCGCCAGCGACCGCGACAACCUCCUCGAGGCCCUCGCGCCGACCGUCGAGGAGAACUUGGGCAUGGCCAUGGUCUUCACGCUCGUCUCCGCGCUCAAGGACGCCGCCGAGCUGCUCGUCACCGAGCGCCAGCGCGCAGCCGAGGCCGUGCGAGAGAUGGCGGCGCGCGAGGCGGAGGAAAAAGAGAAUGCGAAGUUCCACGGCACGGCGGUUACGCGCGAGAGCUUCUUGGAGUGGCGGGACAAGUUCGUCAAGGAGAUAGAAGAGGCGGAGACGAGAGCGAGGGAGGAGAGGGAGGAGGCGGAUAAGAAGAAGAGGGGACCGAAGGAGGAGAAGAAGUUGACCGGCAGGGAGCUGUGGGUGAGGGGCUUGGCGGGCAAGGGUGAGGAGGAUUAUGAGGAGGGGGAUGUGGCAGACGGCGUGAAAAAAAUGGAGAUCAAGGCUUGA